AUGGCCGAAGCCGCCCCAGGGCCCGACGACCCGCCCGUGCCGGCUGCGCUGCUCGACUCGACGGCGUACCCGCACAUCCUGGACCACAUCCUGACCCACACAGACUGGGAUACGCUCCUGUGCUUCCGGCGCACGUCGCGCUCCCUCCGUGCCCGGGUAGACAAUGUCCUCUCCCACUUGGUCAUCACAUCAGAGGACGACGCCGCGCUCGUACUCUCCUCGUCGUCGGGGUGGCGUGCCGAGCGCCUGCUGCUCCCCUUCCCGCAGGGCCUGGGGAGCUAUGUCGGCCCGGUGAACAUCGCCCCCUGGUCCCUCGAGAACGAGAACGAGGACGACGGCCCCGAGCCCGCCGGCCGCAGGCGGCGCAGCAGCGCAUCGCGCACCAUCCAGCUGCCCCGCCUGCUGCCGAGCUCCAACGUCCCCCCCGGGCUCGUAAGCCUAGGCGCCAGCGCCGACUUCUUCGAGCCCCGCAGACCCGAGCACACAGUAGCGCAGGCAGGCGAGGUGUCCCGCCUCCGCCUGCUGCUGGCGCCCGCGUCCGUCGUCGACCUCCACGGGCCGGUCAACGACCCGCUCCUGUCCGCCUUCAACCCGCUCGCGAGCGUGCCCAUAUCGGCGCGCACGGUGCGCCUCUUCCCCUCCCCGAGCGGGCAGCACGGCUCCGUGUCGCUGUGCCACGCGCGCAGCGUCGUGCUCUUCGGCGGCGCGGUGCUCGCGCGCAACAUCUUCCUCAGCGGCGCGCAGCGCGCGCGCGCGGCAGGCACGUACCUCCCGCCGACGGUGCUCGACCUCGCGCCGGCCACGCGGCGGCUGGUGCUCAACUUCCCCUUCUAUCGGGGGUACGACCACAUCCACCGCGGCGUGAAGCUGCAGCUGUCGGCGGUCGAGCACGUCACGCUCAUCUUCUCUGAGGCUGCGAGCGACGGAGAGGACGGGGACGACGAGAACGCCGCCGCGCCCCAUGUGCCCCCGAUGCGCUGGGUCGUGCUCGUGCUGCUUAUAGUGCAGGUGCUAGAGGGGGCGAGCGCGACGGUCGUCAACAUGCGCCCGCUCGCGCACGCGUGGCCAGACUCGGACCGCUUCGCCCCUGCGCCUGGCGAGAUUGAGGCGGCAUUACGCGCCGCAGUGGCCAGUUAUCUCCGCCCGCAGGCCGCACGCGGGCUCGACGUUGCCGCCGCGCUGGGGCGCCUAGAGAUCCUCAGCAUGGAGGAGUACGCUGCGCGGACUGACCGCGCGCAGCUCGCGCUCGAGACGGAGGGACAGGGAGAGGUCGGGACGGUUUGGUGGCGCUGA